ACAUGCAUACUAUGUAAUAUGUGUUUUUUAAUACUUGAUUAUAUGUAUACAUUAGUUACGAACAACUAACAUGAAUACAAUCCAUAACAGUCUAUCAGUCUUCUUCACUGCGUAUAAUCACAUUUGUUGUUUCUGGUAUAAAAUAAUAAAUUAGAUAAUUGGAUAACCAAUUAUUUGAUUAAAAAAUAAACAUCUUAAAAUAAAAUAAAAAAAACUCUUAUCAUAAUUUCCGCUUCAUGAAUGAUAAACUAAUCAGUUCCAGUGACAUCAGUUACCAUUAUUCAUCUAUCUGCAUCAAUUACUUAUACAAAGUAAAUAAAUAAUUAAUUCUGUGUGAAGAAUAAAUUUAUAUCGACGUGAAAUAUUAUAAAGGUCAAUAGUUGGUGUUAAAACAUUUAUUGACAGUUUUUGUUUUUAAUUUAGUUUUUUUCGUCCACACAAUGGCUAAAGUUAAUAAUGAUACGGUGAUUAGGUUGCUUAUCAGAGCACCUGAUCAGCAAAUUGAUGAUCAGACUUUUGACUGUCAAUAUGAUUGGACUGUUGGAGAACUUAAGGAAUAUCUUCAUGAAGUUUAUCCAAGUAACCCUAAAAAAGAAGAUCAAAAAGUAAUAUAUUCAGGUCAAAUAUUAAACGAUUCAAUGAUUUUGAAAGAUGUGUUUUAUCAAAAUUAUAAUUUAGAAGAAGAGUUAUUUAUUGUACACUUGGUUUGUCCAUCAAAAAUAUCGUUUGCAUCGACUUCUAGUUCAAAAAUCUCAACAAAUAAAUCUAUAAGUGACAAGCAAAAUUCAAAUGCCAGUGUUAAUAAUUCACCACCAUUAGUAUUACCAUCAUCAUCAAUAACACCAACUUCAUCAAUAUCAUCGCCGUUAUCUUCAUCAGCAAUACAAUUUCCUCCACCAGGAGUACCAAUGUCUCCGAUCCAACAAUAUUAUGCUCAAUUGAAUACUCAACAACUAGCAUGGAUGCAACAAGCUUAUGCUCAGUAUUUGAAUCAAUAUAUGCAAUUAAUAGCUUCACAAGGGAUUCAGUUGCAAUCAGUGCCUUAUGUUCAACAAUCAAAUUUAAAUGCAAACCCAUUAAAUACAAGAGACAGUGAUAAUCUACCUUCAACUUCGAGUACAGUACUUCCUGGUAUUCCUUCGACAUCUGGCACUAGUGCUGCAGCAAGCAAUCAAGAUCAAACACGCGCACAACGAAAUGAUAAUGAAAACAGACAAAUUAAUAACAACAACAACAACAACAACAACAACAACAACAACAACCACAAUAAUAAUAAUAAUAACAAUAAUGCUGGUGAAGAUAAUGAAGCAGCAUUGAAUCGUGAUUGGCUCGAUGUAUUUGAUGUAUUCGCACGUGUUAUUGUAUUGUCUAGUAUUGUUUACUUUUAUUCAUCGCCAUCGAGAUUCCUUCUUGUUACAAUGCUCGGAUUUGCUAUUUAUUUAAUACAAGGAGGAUUUUUUCGGGGACAACAAGUGGAUCUUACGGACAAUAAUGGACGUGCAGAAAAUAAUAAUAAUAAUAUUAAUGUCAAUAACAAUAAUAACAUAAAUGUUAAUAACAAUAAUAAUGUUAUUAAUGAUAAUAGAGUUAACCAAGAGAAUAUUAUUAAUAAUCCAGCAAAUGAACCAUUGAUUGGAUUGCAAGAUCAACAACCACAAUUACGCCAGAGAUUGAAUGUACAACAUUCGAUUAUCAAUUCAACGGCUGCUACUAAUUUAAAUAUCAAUACAAAUGUUAAUGAAACAAAUAAUGAAGAGACAAGAACGGUUAAUCAAAAUGAGGAUAAUGAAAGGCCUGGUGCUUUAGCAUUAACAUGGACAUUCUUUAGUUCAUUUUUUGCUUCAUUAAUACCAGAACAACCACAUGUUUUGUAAAUUAAUUAUAUAUUCAAAUUAUCAAUUAUACGUCAUUCAAAAUGACGGUUAUUUAUUUGUAUUAUUAUUAUUAUUUUUGUUAUCUAUUUAAUUUGAAAAAUGUGCUAAUUUUUAAAUUUUCUAGCACGAAGUGACUCAAGACCCAAAGAUGUUAUAAAUAUAUAAACACAUGCAUAUAUAUAUAAAUAUAAAUAUAUAAAAAAUUAAAUUUAUUUGUUUCAACGACCGUGAUAAAAAUAUAUGAAAUAUAUUUUUUUUUAUUCUCACAUAAAAUUAGAUUGAAUAUUCAUUCUCAAAUUGCCAGUUCUAAUAGUUAUA